AUGGCAUUGAACUUGGCAACGUCGACUCGGGCUUUUGGCUCCCUCAGGCCCUUGGCCAGAGUGGCCGUCUCCGGUGCUCGUGGCUACGCCACCUCGGAGCCCGACCUCAAGGCCACCCUCAAGCAGGUCAUCCCCGCGAAACGCGAGCUUCUCAAGAAAGUCAAGGCGCACGGUGGCAAGACCAUUGGCGAGGUCAAGGUCGAAAACACCCUCGGCGGCAUGCGCGGGCUCAAGGCCAUGGUCUGGGAGGGGUCCGUCCUCGAUGCCAACGAGGGCAUUCGCUUCCACGGCAAGACCAUCAAGGACUGCCAAAAGAUCUUGCCAAAGGGCACGUCGGGAACCGAGAUGCUGCCCGAGGCCAUGUUCUGGCUCCUUCUCACCGGCCAGGUCCCCUCCACCAGCCAGAUCCGCGUCUUCUCUCGCGAGCUGGCCGAGAAGGCUCAGAUCCCUCAGUUCGUGUCCAAGAUGCUCGACGACUUCCCCAGGGAUCUGCACCCCAUGACGCAGUUCGCCAUUGCCGUCUCCGCCCUCAAUUACGAAUCCAAGUUUGCCAAGGCGUACGAGAAGGGACUCGCCAAGGCUGACUACUGGGAGCCUACCUUUGACGACUGCAUCUCCCUCCUGGCCAAGCUGCCCACCAUUGCCGCCAAGAUUUACCAAAACGCUUACCGUGGCGGUGGUGCCCUGCCUGCCGAGGUCGAUGUCACGCAGGAUUGGUCCUACAACUUUGCCGCCAUGCUCGGCAAGGGCGGCAAGGAGAAUGAGAACUUCCAGGACCUUCUCCGCCUGUACCUCGCCCUGCACGGCGACCACGAGGGUGGAAACGUCUCGGGCCACGCCACUCAUCUGGUCGGAAGCGCUCUGAGCGAUCCCUUUCUUUCUUACAGUGCCGGGCUCCAGGGUCUGGCUGGUCCUCUCCACGGCCUCGCCGCUCAGGAAGUUCUCCGCUGGAUUCUCCAGAUGAAGGACGCCAUCCCCGCCAGCUACACCGAACAAGAUGUCCACGACUAUCUGUGGACCACGCUGAACUCGGGCCGCGUGGUUCCGGGCUACGGUCACGCCGUUCUCCGCAAGCCGGACCCCCGUUUCGAGGCUCUGAUGGACUACGCUGCCUCGCGUCCCGAGAUCGCCAAGGACCCCGUGUUCCAGCUUGUCGAGAAGAACAGCCGCAUCGCCCCCGAGGUCCUCAAGAAGCACGGCAAGACCAAGAACCCCUACCCCAACGUUGACAGCAGCUCUGGCGUCCUCUUCCACCACUACGGCUUCCACGAGACCUUGUACUACACUGCCACGUUUGGCGUCUCCCGCGGCCUUGGUCCUCUCGCCCAGCUGAUCUGGGACCGCGCCCUAGGCCUUCCCAUCGAGCGCCCCAAGAGCAUCAACCUCGAGGGUCUCCUCAAGCAGGUCGAAACGCAGUAG